GAAGAGUUCACGAUGCAGGAGGAGGCGGGCCGCUCGGCCACGUACACACUGCCCUGCGAUGACCGCGUCCACGUGGUGGAGUUCAGUCCGUACGACUGCGGCGCCGCCUCCUCGCUCCUCGCCUACGCUGAAAACCAGCACGUCGUGGUGGGAACGUGCCGCUUCAAGGAGGAGGAUAUGGACGUAGAUGGAGUAGAAUUCGACGCUCUGCGUGUCUUCAUGCACGGCGUUCGUGCUGACGCUCUUGCAUGGAGUCCUGAAUCCAGACUGGACAAACUGCCUCAGAUGAUCAGGUUGUGCACUGCGUCCGCCGACAGAAAGCUGCGAGUCUUCACUUCAGAUCUUCAGCAGCUGGAUGAAGUAAAGGUGAUGGAGGGACACACCAGCUACAUCAAUCACGUCGUAUUCGAGCCCACGGAAGGAAAGCAAAUAGCAUCGGUCAGUGACGAUCACACUUGCAGGAUUUGGGAUCUGGAAGGGAAUGAAACCAUGUCAUUACGAUUGUGGUCACCAGGUGUCACUGUGUGCUGGCAUCCUGAGGAGAUGUUUAAGCUGAUGGUGGCGGAGAAAAAGGGCACCGUACGUUUCUACGACCUCGUCACCCAGCAGGCCAUUCUGUCUCUGGACAGCGGGCAGAUGCCCCUCAUGUCUGCUGACUGGUGCCUCACGAACACCAUCAAAGUGGGCGCCGUGGUGGGUAGCGACUGGGUGAUCUGGGAUAUUACACGCUCUAGUUAUCCUCAGGACAAGAGGCCAGUGCAUUUGGACAAAGCGCGACUGUUCAGGUGGUCGAGAGCAAACGAAAAUCUUUUCGCCACCACCGGCUGUCCGGGAAAGAUGAGCAGUCAGUUACUGGUGCAUCACCUCAGUCACCCUCAGCCCGUGAUGAUCGGCUCGUCCGUCGUGGGCUCGGGUCUGAGCUGGCAUAGAACGCUCCCCCUGUGCGUGAUCGGUGGAGACCGAAAGCUCUCUUUCUGGAUGACCGAGAUGUGAGCCGGCUUUUUCCUCAGACCUCUGAAGAAUGCUUCUACGUUUGCAGCUCACUUCUUUAAUAAAUUUGCUUGUUUGUUUGUUUUU